AAUCCUUAAGAAAGUGUUAAAAUGUCACUCACGACAACGUUGGAAAACUGGUCCUGAAUAUUCAAUUCAAUAUUGUAUGCAAUUUCACACCAAUUUUCUCCAUUUCAUUUCAUCAUAGUUCAAACAACAAAAUCACCAACGCGCUUCGAUUCGAUUAGAUUUUCCUCUUUGUUAAAUCCCAACUUCGUUUCUCUCUACUUCGAUUUCACUUCACCGGAAAUCAUCUAACAGGUUAAAUGGCUAGGAUUAAACCUCAGGCUCUGUUACAGCAAAGCAAAAGGAAGAAAGGACCUUCACGUUUAAGUGCAGCAACUAUUAUAUUUUACUCUUUGAUUCUUCUCUUGGUUGGUUUUUUCCUUUUGGCUACAUACAGACACUGGUCCAACAGGUCAAGAUUGCAAUCAGAAAGUCACAUGACAGUAUCUGAUGAGGGUGAAAAUAGUUUUGUGGACUCGAAGAAAUCUGAGCUACCUGGAUAUGCUGUUUUAAAUACCUCUAAAGGGUCUAUAAUAGUAGAACUGUACAAGGAAAGUGCUCCUGAAGCUGUUGAUGAAUUUAUUGACUUAUGUCAAAAAGGGCACUUCAAAGGUAUGCUUUUUCAGCGCGUAAUUAAGCACUAUGUUAUUCAGGCAGGGGAGGGUGAGGGUCAUGGAACAGGAGCAGCUGAUUGGAACUUAAGAGGAAAGCAACCUGCAAGUAUGAAACACGAAGCAUUCAUGCUUGGAACAUCCAAGGGCAAACACACCAACAAAGGAUUUGAUCUUUUCAUUACAACUGCACCGAUACCAGAUCUUAACGAGAAACUUAUUGUGUUUGGGCAAGUCGUCAAGGGAGAGGAUGUUGUUCAGGAAAUUGAAGAAGUGGAUACUGAUGAACAUUACACACCUAAAAUAUCUAUUGGGAUACUUGAUGUGACUCUCAAACAGAAGAUCUGAAGGCUCUCUGCUAGAUCAUGAGCACAAUGCGCGCUCUCGCAGUUUGCUUAUAACCUGUUUUGGUGCUGCGGUCAAAUAUUUUGUACAGGGAUGAUCAACCUUGAGAAGUUCAUCUGAGGUGCAGUGCAUCAUCUAUCAUGUUUUUGAGCCUUGAUGUUGUUUUUUAUAUUGCUUUUUUAGUUACGAACAGUGACACUGGGAUUAUGCAAUCUCCUAUAUUCUUGCCUCUUUCUAUUACUUUUUUUCUUUUUCUAUUUGAUUUUUGAGAAGGAAAGGGGAGGGAUUUGUGUAUGCUUGUAUGAUUUGAUAAUAUCACAAUUUUUUCCCCCCAUUAUUACUCUUAAUUUGUAGCCUCAAUGAGUUCACAAAGAUCAUUUCACUAUGAA